GAUGGGAACAUCGAGUACAAGCUGAAGCUAGUGAAUCCCUCGCAGUAUCGCUUUGAGCACCUGGUGACACAGAUGAAGUGGCGACUGCAGGAAGGCCGAGGUGAGGCCGUCUAUCAGAUCGGCGUGGAGGACAACGGGCUGCUGGUGGGCCUCUCGGAGGAGGAGAUGCGUGCCUCGCUCAAGACACUGCGCCGUAUGGCAGAGAAGGUUGGGGCUGACAUUACGGUGCUGCGCGAGAGAGAGGUCGAUUACGACAGCGACGUUCCAAGGAAGAUAACGGAGGUGCUUGUCCGAAAGGUGCCUGACAACCAGCAGUUCUUAGACCUGCGAGUAGCUGUGCUGGGGAACGUGGACUCAGGGAAGUCAACCCUGUUGGGUGUCCUAACGCAAGGAGAGCUGGACAACGGGCGGGGCAGAGCGCGCCUCAACCUCUUCCGGCAUCUCCAUGAAAUCCAGUCAGGAAGGACGUCAAGCAUCAGCUUUGAGAUCCUCGGCUUCAACAGCAAAGGAGAGGUGGUAAAUUACAGUGACUCCCGAACAGCAGAAGAAAUCUGUGAGAGUUCUUCCAAAAUGAUCACUUUCAUUGACCUGGCUGGCCAUCACAAGUAUCUGAAAACAACCAUCUUUGGCCUCACCAGCUACUGCCCGGACUUUGCUAUGCUGGUGGUUAGCGCCAACACUGGCAUUGCAGGCACAACACGAGAGCACUUGGGCUUGGCCAUGGCCCUGAAGGUCCCCUUCUUCAUUGUCAUCAGCAAAGUUGACUUGUGUUCGAAAGCCACCGUGGAACGGACAGUGAAGCAGCUGGAGCGAAUCCUGAAGCAGCCGGGAUGCAACAAGCUCCCCCUGCUUGUGAACUCAGAUGACGAUGCCGUUACAGCAGCACAGCAGUUUGCACAGUCUCCCAACAUCACCCCAAUCUUCACACUGUCCAGCGUUUCUGGGGAGAACCUGGAUCUCUUAAAAGUCUUCCUCAAUAUCCUCCCUCCACUGACCAACAGUAAAGAGCAGGAAGAACUAAUGCAGCAACUCACAGAGUUUCAGGUCGAUGAAAUUUAUACUGUGCCAGAGGUGGGGACUGUUGUGGGAGGAACUCUGUCGAGUGGGAUCUGCCGAGAAGGAGAGAACCUGGUGGUUGGUCCCACGGACGAUGGGAAGUUCCUGCGGCUGAAAGUGUGCAGUAUCCAACGCAACCGCUCAGCCUGCCGUGUGCUGCGGGCCGGGCAGGCAGCCACGCUGGCCCUCGGGCCCUUUGACCGCUCCCUGCUGCGCAAGGGCAUGGUCAUGGUGAGCCCAGAAAUGAACCCUACCAUCUGCUCAGUGUUUGAAGCCGAGAUCGUGCUGUUGUUCCAUGCCACGACUUUCCGGAAGGGCUUUCAGGUGACAGUGCACGUGGGGAAUGUGCGACAGACAGCUGUCGUAGAGAAGAUCCAUGGAAAGGACAAGCUGCGGACAGGGGAGAAGGCAGUCGUCCGUUUCAGGUUCAUCAAGCAUCCCGAAUACUUGAAGAUCGGAGCCAAGCUGCUUUUCCGUGAAGGAGUCACCAAAGGCAUCGGGCAUGUCACUGACCUCCAAGCCAUCACCACCAAAGAAAACGGCCUGGAGGAGUCCCUAGGGCCUGGACAGCUGAGCUUCUGACUACUGCUAGGUCAGAGAGAUGUCCACUCACCAGCAACCAGGGAGAAGGAUGGAAGCUCCCGUGGCUCUCUCAGUGACGUCUGGAGCUGCCG